UCCAGCAUGGACAACCCAAAUCGAAGCCAUCAAGCCUAAAGUUAAAGUUUCUGCCUGUUGCAAGCAAAGAAGAGGCUAAAAAUUAUGUAAUCUUAUAGAUCUGGUCAUCAUCAAGCAUGCAAGAAUCAGUAUUUGUCAAUAGAGGAUUUCAGCUGCUGAAAUCAUUCUACUUCAAUCAUCAAGUCAAAUGCAUAUCUCAGCAAUCAUCUGAUUCAGUUGCAGUAUUUUAUCACCAUGGCUCUGAGAAUGUGGUCAGGGUGUACCCCUUCAAGCAGAAGGAGCAUCUGUUACAGUACAAGUACUCUGUGGAAGGCGGCUUCAUAGGACUCAUCUACAGCAAGAAACAUCAAUUAUUUGUGGCCUCUUGUUCGGACCUCGCCUUGCGGAUUUUCAAUGAACGCUUUGAGCUGUUGGACACUGUUCGCGUCACCACCACAGUUCUGAGCCUUGCCUUCAACGAGGUCACCUCUGAGCUGUACACCGGAGGAGUGGGAUGUGUCAAUAAUUGGAAACUGAGGCAUCAGCUACACAACCCCCUGGUGGCUGGCCCCCCUCUCCAAUGCCUCAUAGAAAAGGACCAAUGGGUCACAUGUCUCGAGUGCAAUGGAGGAGUGUCUAAGAAGAUGAUGGUGGUGUGUCAGAACUGUGUAAUUAUUGUGAACACGAGGACUCGCAAAGAAGUCUAUCGGUUUUCAAGUACCCACCGCUGCUCUCUCACUUGUGCAAUCCUAGUCGACCGUAUGGACUAUCUGAUCAUUGGAGCAAAGGACGGUUCCAUUAAGGUAUGGAACUGCAACCUUCACUAUGAAGUGCACACCUUCACUGGACACAGGAAAGCUGUCACAGGUCUAAAGGCUCAUCCUAAUGCUUUGUGUAUUGUCUCAUGCUCUCUGGACGGUACCAUUCGCACGUGGCAUCUGGAGAACAUGACUGAGUGCUACCGUGUCAAGUGUGGGGAGGUGGUACUGGGCAUGUGCAGCGACUACCCCUCAGGCAACAAGGUGUCCACCUACUCACACCACGAAGUUAAGACGUGGGAAGUGAAGGAGCUGGAGACCCACUUCACCAGUGUCAACUCACACAUGAUGAACAUGUUUCGAGUGUCCUGCCCUGACGAGUCGGAACCCCCCACCAAGCUCCGCUUCGACAUGUCGAGACCCCCCGCCAACCUACGCUUUGAUGUGUCGGCACCCCCCACCAAAACAUGUUUUGACGAGUCGGGACCUCCCACCAAGCUCCGCUUUGACGUGCCAGGACCCCCCGCCAAGCUCCGCUUUGACGUGUCGGGACUCCCCACCCGCAAGACAUGCACUACCGAGCUGGCACCCCCCGCCAGGAUUGUGGCACUGGCUGAGGAUGAUGGCCUGAGGCUGUUGUCUCCCGUCAGUGGACAGAUUCUCACAAUCCUCUUCCCCAUGUUCUCGGCACAGAUUGUGGAGGAUGUGGUGUACUUGUUAGGGGAGGAGCAAAUGUUCGUACUGCUGAGAAUGGGUGUGGUCUUAGUGGUGAGCACGGCCACCAAUCCUUGCUCCACCCUCCAACUCUGGACACCCACCUCUAACAAUAGCAUACGCUGUAUCACCACGGUGACUGUUGUUCUUAAAGAUGGCUCCAAAGUUUCACUGAUCUUCGGCGGCCAACAAAGCGGCGAUAUUAUCUUGAUACACAAUCGUCACUCCCGACUGUCCAUGCCCAACCCCUGUCCGUCACAUUUUGGCUCUGUGAUCAAACUAAUCGGCUCAUGUGAUCCCAUCGAUGUCACCAAGGGCAACCACUAUGCAUUAGUGUCGUACGGUGAAGACAAAAUAUUCAAUAUCUGGUCAAUCGAAGUGGACAAAACUGCUCAUAUCUACUUAAAAGUGAACCAGUGUGUCCACUUAGAGCGUAUACCAGGGUUUACCUGCCUACUCGGCUCCAGCCUGUGCAUGGCAAUGGACAAUAAACUAGUUAUGGUACCGUUAUCGGAACUGGAUGACGUGCGAUCGCUUGUUCCCCAACUUCUCUUACUCUCCGACUUGCCACUGCUCACUCACGAGAAAUACGAUGACCACACGGCUACCAUAAUCUCGCUGUCUUGUUCCGUAGAAUUGAGACUGUUUGCGACUAGUAGCAGAGAUGGUAUGGUGAAGAUUUGGAACUCGACGGGCCAACUUGUAUCGGAAUUGGAAUUUGGCGAUUCGUUGGCAGCUGUUUGUUUCUCGAAUCCUCGUGGUGAUUUGCUGGUCGGAUUUCAGAAGCACAUUUGUGUCAUCAAGGCCGAGGAUUACCUCACUAGUAAUUACGUGAGCGGUGUACUCUGUAACGAGGUGGAGGAGACACCAAUCGCAUUUGACUCCGAGUUGAAGUUUUGGUACGAUAUUGAGCGUGUGCCCACCUUACCUGCCGAACAAGAGCUGAGGGACAUUAAGGAAUUUUCUGCUAAACCACCGAUAGCCCGCAACAACAAAAGACGAGACGCCUCGUGUCUCCAGAGUAUCUUGGACGUGAGCGAGGAAUCUCUCGAGUCAGAGGUAUGCAUCAGUGAACACCAGCUGCAGAUGCUAGUGGACGUGGGUCUGGCCCAGAGUGUCAGUCAUCAGUACUCAAUGGUGCUACAGAGAGAGCUAAGACAGUCAGAGAUAUCUGUGGGUCAUCAGACCUCCAGCUCCUCCCACCAAUCCGAGGCCCUGUCCGCUCAGUCCCUGACCACGCCUACUCUCUUGUGUGGUUCAGAGCUUCCCUCCCCGUCCUCCCACUCAUUCACAGGUCAAGAUCCCGCCCCCUUGGUCCAGGUCACGCCUCUUGAGUCACCCUCGAUCAAACGACCUAUUGCUCCUGACGGUUUUAUCCCUAACUCUGUGAUUCGGGCCAUACUUCGCUGUGAACCCCCUGUGGUGAAACGCCCCUCUACAUACAACCCCCCCGUAUUCAAACGACGUAUUUGCCUCGAGGAUUUCAUCCCCACACAUGCCGGCUACCGCAGAGCGUUGUUAUCAGCACGAUACAGCUGGGAGAGUAUCGAAUGUGUACCCAGUUUUGAUACAGAGACGGGUUCUCGAAGAGACACGCGAUCCGUUCCUUUGAAUAUGUUGCGUAGUAGAUUGAAAAAACAAAGAAGGCCUGAGUGGUCAUCCAACGGAAGUGGAGCAACUCGCUCUAAAUCUAGUAAGAGGAAAAAUCGCCAUGCCAAAAGGAAUGGACAUGAAGUCGAUAGCAACGAUUCAUUUAGCAAUAAGUCUUGGAAAGCAAAAAAAAGAAAAACGAAGUCUGCUAUGGCCAGAUUUUCAGUGUCCCGCGAGAGUAUUCAAUCCAAGAGGAAAAGCAAAGAUGCCCCUGAGGCCUUGGAUGAUAACGAGGCUGAGGUUGACGAGAUGGAAUUAUUGAUACAAAAGAUUUGUGGUAUGUCGUGGUUCCCCAAGAGUGCCCUGAGGAGGAUGAAAAAAGCUAGGAGAACAACUCAUUUUGGUGUCGAUGGCAACAGUCUCAUCGUGGAUCAACUGUUCUCUGAGCUUGUGUCUUUGUUAAAGACAUGUACGUCAUUGACGUUUGUGGAGGUCUGUCAGGCCCUGCUAGACCUUAACCAUGCUGGAGCAUUGAGUGCCGAGCAACAGCGGACCUUUGCCUUCUGUCUAGUGGACCGGAACAACAACAACACAGGGCCGCUCACCAUCGAUACGAGGCGGACCACCGCUACCCCGUUGUACCCCAAUAUCAGGCCGAAUAACGAUGAUGUGGAGGAAACCGACAGUAAGGAAUGGACCAACGGUAACAAAUGGACCAACAGUACAAAGCCGUACGUCAACAAUACACGGCAAAUCAACAAUAUUGGGCGAAUCAACGAUAUUGGGCGGCUCAGCGAUAUUGGGCGGCUCAGCGAUAUUGGGCGGCUCAACAUGAAUAGUACACAGAGGCGGGCUAGUAGUACAUGGCCGCACAUCAAUAGUACAGGAUCGCACAUCAACAGUGUGGAGUGGCGGACAAGCACUAGACAAAGCAACAGUACAGAGUGGCAGACCAUCAGUAGUACAGGCACCAGCAGUACAAGACGCAGCAGCAGCACUGGGCAAAGCAACAGUACAGAGUGGCGAACCAACAGCCCGAAUUGGCGGACUAACAGUACAGGGCACACCAUGAACAGUGCGAAUGGACGAACUAACAGUGUGGAGUGGUGGACCAACAGUACAGGGCACAUCAACAGUAUGGAGUGGCGAAACAACAGUUCGAAGAGGCGAAUCAACAGUACUGAGCAGACCAAUAGAAGCAGUAAAAUGGAGAAUACCAGCAGUACAAUGAGGGGGACUAGCAGUACAAUGAGGGGGACUAGCAGUACAAUGGCGAGGACCAACGGUACAAUGGCAGGGACCAACAGUAGAAUGAGGGAGACAAACAGUACAAUGGCGGGGACCAACAGCACAAUGAGGGGGACCAACAGUACAAUAGGAAAGACCAACAGUACAAUGGCAGAGACCAACAGUACAAUGAGGGAGACAAACAGUACAAUGGCAGGGACCAACAGUACAAUGGCAGGGACCAACAGUACAAUGGGAAAGACCAACAGUACAAUGGCAGGGACCAACAGUACAAUGGGAAAGACUAACAGUACAAUGGCAGGGACGAACAGUACAAUGGGAAAGACCAACAGUACAAUGGGAAAGACCAACAGUAUAAUGGCAGAGACCAACAGUACAAUAGGAAAAACCAACAGUGCAAUGGGAAAGACCAACAGUACACUCACGGGGACAAGCAGUACACUCACGGGGACCAGCAGUACAAUGGCGGGGCAGAGGGUCUCAUUCCAGACACUCAAGACACUCCAGGAACUCGGUGUGUGCACCGAUGAGAUUCUCUGUGUCAUUCUGCCCAAGCUCACUGACGCAAGUCCGGAGCUACGCGAGACAGCAUUUGCUACUCUCCGCUCCAUCGCUAGUAUUGACAACAAGAGCCAGCUGUACGAGCUCCUCUGUGACUUGGGGAUUCUGCGAAAACUGAAAAUGGAUGAGGACGAGGUAAUGGGAGAGCUGACGGAGAGAGUGAAGAAGGGACAAGUCAAACGACCGUCACUUAUAAAGCCUCAGGCUGUUAAGAUGACUCCACACCGCCCACGGUCUCCACUGGGCACCGUGACCACCUCCACACUCCCCACAGACUACCCACAGAAUCAAACCGUCCCUCAUCACACACAUCCUCCUCACACACACUCCUACCCCCGCUGGGACGUGAUUAUUAAAGAGAUGACAAAGAGAGUACGGAAGGGACAAAUCAAACCACCUUCUCAGUCAGUUGUCAAUGCUCAGGUCGUUAGGUCUCAACUGUCUCCACAGAGCAGCCAGCAGACCAUGACCACCCCCUCACCUCACAAACAACACCAUUCACUGGAGCACACCCUCCCUCCUCACACACACUCACACCCCCAGGACGAGGUAACUGGGGAGCUAGCAAAGAGAGUGAAGAAUGGAAAAAUCCAACCAUCGUCACUUGUCGAUGGCCAGGCCGCUAAGACUCAACUGUCUCCACAGAGCAGCCAGCAGACCAUGGCCGCCUCCUCACCUCCCAACCAACACCGCCCACUGGAGCACACCCUCCCUCAUCACACACACUCCCAUACCGUGACUCAGGAUGAGGUAACUGGAGAGAUGACGGAGACAAUGAGGAAUGGACAAGUCAAACCAUGUUUACUUAUUGAUGCCGAGGCAGCUAAGACUCAACCAUCUAUGCUGAGCAGCCAACAGACCGUGGCCGCCUCUUCACCUCCCAAACACCACCACCCACUGGAGCACACCCUCCCUCAUGACACACUGGAGUACACCCUCCACCAUGGCCCACUGGAGCACACCCUCCCUCAUCACACACUGGAGCACACCCUCCACCAUGGCCCACUGGAGCACACCCUCCCUCAUCACACACACCCCCACACUCAGGACGAGGUAACUGGAGAGAUGACGGAGAGAGUGAGGAAUGGACAAGUCGAACAACCGUCACUCAGUUUCGAUGGUCAGGCCACUAAGACUCAACAGUCUCCACCUCGCACCGUGGCCACAUCCUCUCUUCCCAAACACCAUCACCCACUGGAGCACACCCUCCACCACGGCCCACUGGAGCACACCCUCCCUCAUCACACACACUCACACCCCCAGGACGAGGUAACUGGAGAGCUGGCGGAGAGAGUGAGGAAUGGGCAAAUCAAACCAGCGUUAUUUUUCAAGACAAGUAAGACUCAGCUGUCUUCGCUGGGCACCGUGGCCGUCCCUUCAUCCUCUGAAUACCACCCAUCACAGGAGCACACCCUCCCUCAUCACACACACUACCCGCCCACUCAGUUAUGGUAUCACACACUCCCACUCGAUUCCACUCAGUAUCGGGUUCGUCUUGAACAAGGCUCGUAUCAGAUGACUCAACCGGCACAAAGCUAUCAACCAUUUCUCACUGCGAAAACCAUAGCAGUGAGUACUCCCCACCAAGACAAGUUAGACGAAGCAAGGGCUAAUCCCUCCCAGACACACCCCACUGGAGUGCAGCAAGUGCUCAUGGCACACCCCCACACUCUCUCACAAUACCCUCGGGCAAUUGAGCUCAUGAUGGGAUUAAAGGUCAAUUGGAGAGAGGACGGGUCAAAGGUCAAUCCAAGAGAGGACGAGUUAAAGGUCAAUCGAAGGAAGGACGGAUCAAAGCUCAAUCGGAGAAAGGACGACUCUGCCUUUGCGUACAAGUGGAGUGAAGUGUACCCUGUGAUUAACGAGUCGUUAUCCGGAGGGAGCUUGAUGGAUGAUGCGUGCAUGAGUGAGUAUAGCUGUAUUGCUAACGUGGUGACCGAGAGAGUGCAGCAAAGGAGCAAGAACAACACACAUGCACAGAGGGGUCCAGCUAGUGAGUCUAAUAGUUUGGAGGAGGAGAGAAGAACUGAACAUUGCUUAGUACCCAAGUUAGCAUGUUCGUGAUGUUUGUGUCCAUUAAUUUAGCAUUUUCAUAUUUAUGUCAUCAUUUUUAUUUUUAUCUCUCAAUCACAAAUUAAACACUGUGGCACCUUACGGCAUGCAUGCAUUAUUAUGUUUUAUUGACUAUGGAUUAAUUCAUGA